GCGCCGCCCGGCCCGGGCUGCCGCAGCGCCGCCAUGGACACGGCGGAGAAGGAGUGCGGCGCCCUCGGCGGCCUUUUCCAGGCCAUCAUCAACGACAUGAAGAGCUCUUACCCCAUCUGGGAGGACUUCAACUCCAAGGCGACCAAACUGCACUCCCAGCUCAGGACUACAGUGCUGGCCGCCGUUGCCUUCCUCGAUGCCUUCCAGAAAGUGGCUGACAUGGCCACCAACACCCGAGGGGCCACCCGCGAYAUUGGCUCGGCGCUCACCCGCAUGUGCAUGAGGCACCGCAGCAUCGAGGCCAAGCUCCGGCAGUUCACCAACGCCCUCAUGGAGAGCCUCAUCACCCCUUUGCAGGACAGGAUUGAGGACUGGAAGAAAACGGCCAACCAGCUGGACAAGGACCACGCGAAAGAGUACAAGCGUGCCCGGCACGAGAUCAAGAAGAAAUCCUCUGACACCCUCAAGCUCCAGAAAAAGGCCCGCAAAGAGCUGCUGGGCAAGGGGGACCUGCAGCCCCAGCUGGACAAUGCGCUGCAGGACGUCAAUGACAUGUACCUGCUGCUGGAGGAGACAGAGAAGCAGGCAGUGCGCAAGGCACUCAUCGAGGAGCGGGGCCGCUUCUGCACCUUCAUCACCUUCCUGCAGCCUGUGGUGAAUGGCGAGAUCACCAUGCUGGGAGAGAUCACCCACCUGCAGGGCAUCAUUGACGACCUGGUGGUGCUCACGGCCGAGCCCCACAAGCUGCCCCCUGCCAGCGAGCAGGUCAUCAAGGACCUGAAGGGCUCAGACUACAGCUGGUCUUACCAGACACCCCCGUCCUCUCCCAGCAGCUCCAGCUCCCGCAAGUCCAGCAUGUGCAGCAGCGGGAGCGGUGCCAAAGGUGGCAUCCCGUGGUCCGGCGGGUCCCAAACUUGCUCACCAAGUUCCAMCUAUCGCUACCGCAGCCUGGCGCAGCCGGUCAACGCGGGCACACGUCUGUCCAGUGUCUCCUCGCACGACUCGGGCUUCAUCUCCCAGGACGCCACCUACUCCAAACCGCCUUCUCCGAUGCCCUCGGACAUCACCAGCCAGAAGUCCUCCAGCUCGGCGUCCUCGGAGGCCUCGGAGACCUGCCAGUCGGUUAGCGAGUGCAGCUCCCCCACCUCGGAUUGGUCCAAAGCCAGCCCCUACGAGCAGCCCGUGGUGAGCAUCCUGCAGAGGCGCAAGGACCGCGUCGAGCACCUGCGGGAAGCGGAGAUGGCCUCAGCCGCCAUGGCGUACCCGGGCAUCAGCGUCGAGGAAGCCCCCAGGCCCCGCAUGUCACCAGCCACCAUUGCUGCCAAGCACGGCGAGGAGGUGUCCCCUGCUGCCAGCGACCUGGCCAUGGUCUUGACCCGGGGGCUGAGCCUGGAGCACCAGAAGAGCAGCCGUGACUCACUGCAGUAUUCCAGCGGCUACAGCACACAGACGACCACCCCGUCCUGCUCCGAGGACACCAUCCCUUCCCAAGGCUCGGACUACGACUGCUAUUCUGUGAAUGGUGACGUGGAGUGCGACCCCCAGAGCGAGUUCGACAAGUCCUCCACCAUCCCRCGCAACAGCAACAUCGCCCAGAACUACCGGCGCAUGAUCCAGACCAAGCGUCCUGCCUCCACCGCUGGGCUGCCUACAGGCACCAACCUGCCAGCUGGCACCACRCCGGGGGUCGCCACCAUCCGCCGCACGCCUUCCACCAAGCCCUCGGUCCGCCGCACCCUCUCCAACGCAGGCCCCAUCCCCAUCCGGCCCCCCAUCGUCCCUGUGAAGACCCCCACGGUGCCCGACUCCCCCAGCUACACCGGCCCCACGCGGGUUGGCAGCGAAGAGUGUGUGUUUUAUGCCGAUGACGCCUCUCCGGGCACCAUGGAUUUUGCCAAAGCUUCGCCCAAACGGCUGAGCCUCCCCAACACCGCCUGGGGCAGCAACGUCAUGGAGAUCUCCGUCUACUCCGGGGCCGGCCAGCACCUCUCCGCUGAGGAAGAGGAGGACCAACAGCUGGCCGCCAACCGGCACAGCUUGGUGGAGAAGAUCGGCGAGCUGGUGGCCAGUGCGCAUGCCCUAGGUGAAGGCCAGUUCCCCUUCCCUACAGCGCUGUCGGGCCCUKGCCCCGGUGAGGAGACGCCUACUCCACCGCCAGCGGCCUCCAUGGACCCCCCGGCCGAAGACAUGCUGGUGGCCAUCCGGCGCGGGGUGCGCCUGCGGAGGACCGUCACCAACGACAGAUCGGCCCCACGGAUAUUGUGAUGGAGUCCCCGGUCCCCACCGUCCCCGUCCUGCGCCGUGCCAUCCCGCUGCCCCGUGUCCCUAGGAGGAGAGCGAAGCAGUGCCCACAGCGCCCCGAGGAGCAGAGCCACCGGCGGGAGGCCACUUCACAGAGGGAGAAGCAGAGCCUGCAUCCGUACGGAGACUGAAAGCCCGCGCUGAGCCGGGUCCCGAGAUCCUUUUGUACUUUGCCCCUCACCCCCCACUCGCCCGCAGCCUCCCCGGCACUUUUGGGUGACUCGUGGGACCUGAGCGGGAGCACCC